AUCCUUCUAUAUAGCUUCAUAUAUAUAUAUAUAUAAUAUGUGUGUGUAUAUAUCUUUCUUAAUGCAUAGGUACCCACUUCAUCUGCUGGAGCAUUAUAUGUGAUGGCGUCGUUUUUUCAAGUCGUCCUUGGUCUCCAUCUACUUUGUCUUCUCUUCUCUUCAUCUACUGCAGCAAAUCAAAAACCACAGCCUUAUGUUGUUUAUAUGGGAAGUUCAUCAAAUAGUAAUUAUGGGACUGACCAUGAAGAUGCAGUGUUUUCUCAUUUGCAGUUAUUAUCAACCAUUAUUCCAAGUCAAGAGAGUGAGAGGAUAUCUUUGAUUCACUGUUAUAAUCAUGCUUUUAAAGGGUUCUCUGCCAUGCUUAAAGAGAAUGAAGCAUCCAUUUUAUCUGGGCACCAUGAGAUUGUAUCUAUCUUUCCCGAUCCGGUUCUUCAACUCCAUACUACAAGGUCUUGGGACUUUUUGGAAACUGAAUCUACCAUCAGAUCAGGCAUACACCAAUAUCGCCACUUGUCCGGCGAUGUCAUAAUCGGAAUGAUAGACUCAGGAAUAUGGCCGGAGUCUCCAAGUUUCAGAGACGACGGUAUGGGAGAAAUCCCUUCAAGAUGGAAAGGAACAUGCAUGGAAGGAUCUGACUUCAAGAAGUCUAGUUGUAAUAGGAAGUUGAUAGGUGCAAGAUUCUACAACACAGAAUUCAAAUCUGUUUCCAACAAUAAGCGGCCAACUCAUGGGUCACCAAGGGAUACUGUUGGGCAUGGGACACACACCACAUCUAUUGCAGCUGGUGCACCUGUUGCCAAUGCUAGUUACUAUGGCCUCGCUCGGGGUACAGCGAGGGGUGGCUCACCUUCUGCAAGGAUUGCAGCUUACAAGGCAUGCUCGCAACAAGGUUGCUCGGGUUCAACCAUACUCAAGGCCAUCGAUGAUUCGAUUAUGGACGGAGUUGAUAUCAUUUCGAUUUCCAUUGGAAUGAACCUCUUUCAACCAGACUUCUUGGAUGACCCCAUAGCCAUUGGAGCCUUCCAUGCUCAACAAAGGGGAGUCAUGGUAAUUUGCUCGGCCGGUAACGAUGGACCUGAUCCUUUCACCGUUGUUAACACUGCACCAUGGAUCUUUACUGUUGCAGCUUCUAGCAUUGACCGUGAUUUCAGGUCGACUAUAGUGCUCGGAAAUGGAAAAACAUUACAAGGAUCUGCUAUCAAUUUCUCAAACCUUACACGCUCAAAAACCUAUCCUCUUGCGUUUGGAGAAAGCAUUGCUUCUAAGUUUACCCCUGUAUCGGAUGCUAGGAACUGCUUUCCAGGAUCACUAGAUUCAAAAAAAGUUGCUGGAAAAAUAGUUGUUUGUGUCGAUACUGACUUCAACGUUGCAACGAGAAUCAAGAAGUUAGUUGUUGAAGAUUGUAAAGCCAAAGGAUUGAUUUUGAUUGAUGACGUGGAGAAAGAUGAGCCGUUUGAUUCUGGAGUUUUUCCAUUUACAGAAGUUGGGAAUAUUGCUGGGUCCCAAAUUCUAGACUACAUUAACUCUACCAGGAACCCAACUGCAACUAUACUUGCAACAAAUGAAAUUCGAAGGUUUAGACCAGCUCCUGUUGUUGCUUAUUUCUCGUCACGAGGUCCUGGAGGGCUUACAGAAAAUAUUCUUAAGCCAGAUAUAACGGCUCCCGGAAUUGCCAUACUAGGCGCAACAACUUCAGAUGGAGAAGAUAGUGUUCCAAUGAGGUGGAACGAAUCAUGGUUUGGGUUCAAAUCAGGAACCUCAAUGGCAUGCCCUCAUGUCACUGGAGCAGCUGCCUUUAUAAAAUCAGUGCACCAUACAUGGACUCCCUCCGUAAUCAAGUCAGCACUUAUGACUACAGCAAGUGUAUCCAACAACAUGGGGAAACCAUUGACAAAUAGCUCAGAUUACCUUGCAAAUCCACAUGAAAUUGGGGUUGGAGAAAUAAACCCACUCAAAGCGCUUGACCCAGGUCUAGUCUUUGAAACCACAACACAAGAUUACCUCUAUUUCCUUUGUUACUAUGGCUAUUCACAUAAAAACAUAAGAGCAAUGUCAAACACAAACUUUGUCUGUCCAAAAGACUCAAUUGAAGAACUCAUUUCCAAUAUCAACUACCCAUCCAUCUCCAUAGCAAAACUCACUCGACAAGAAAGUCCCAAAACCGUGGAAAGGACCGUUACGAACGUAGGAUCUCCGAAUGCGACGUAUGUGUCCUCAGUGGGUGCACCAGAGGGCUUAGUGGUUAGGGUUUCUCCAAGAAAGAUGGUUUUCAGCAAGGCCAAGGGUGGUGUUGGUUCGAUGAGGGCUUCUUUUAAAGUCUCAUUUUAUGGUAAGAAUGCUCGCAAGGGUUAUAAUUUUGGUGUCAUCACUUGGUCUGAUGGCUUGCAUGUUGUCCGUACGGUAUUUGCUGUGAAUGUUGAAUAAUUUCAAAAUGUUAUUCCAGUGAUUUUUUUUUUUAUGAAUAAAUAUGUAUCCUAAUAUGUUGAAGAAUUAGGAACUUUUUGGAGUGUAUUGGUGUUGUUUCUUCUGUUUACUCUUGUGAUUAUCAUUGAUUGAAUUUUUUUUAGACAAUUUACUCAGUUAGAGAUGUCAAUGCAACUAAGAUUCUUAAUUUGUUUGAAGUAAUGCUAUUAUGAGGUUAACUUCGAGUUUUUUUUUUA